AUUUUGGAGGAGUAAUGAAUUGAUUUGUUUUUGAAUUUGUUUUGUUACUAAUCGAUGCGCUCAAACAUAAAGAGUAACCUCCAAGGUUUUAGAACUAAAGAAUUCAGCUUGACUUUAUUAAAGUAACAUACGUGAAAGUCAUUGAAAUUUUAGCAACAUCAUCCAUAAGCUUUGUGGCUCUAUCUCAGCUGUUUGGAGGUGACUGACAUUCGUGCAAUCAACCUUCUUGACGUACUGCUUACAAAGCCAAAAGCUCGUACGGUUGGAAGUGAUAAAGUUAUUUGGAAACAGUUUUGGUCAAAUAUACAUGAAAGUGUGAGUUGAAGUGUUUGUCAACAAGAAAUAUGAGCGAAUUAAACCAAGAAGAAAUCCGUAGAAAACGAAUAGCAAGAUUAGCUGCUUUGGAAAGAGCUACUACAGGUUCAGUGUCUCCUCAGGAAACUCCAAUCUCUCAAUCCCCAAUAAAUUCCCAAAGAGAACCAAGCAUAGAACCUUCAGAAGAACCAAAACUGAUUGAAGAGGAUAAACCAAACGAAGAAUACCCCUCGAACAGUGAGGCACCGAGAACCAGCGAUGGGGUGUUUCAAAUUCCUAGCAAGCCUAUCGACGUACCUUGCGGCGCCAGGCAUAGAUCUAGGCCCCCGCCUCAAAGAAGUGACUCAGAUACUAGCUCUACUCACAUGGAAGUUGACGAAUGUAUCGGUUCAAGCGACAAGAUUGGUGGGACGAACACAGACAUCGACUCCGGAUUUGAGAACAUGGAGGUUGGUUGGUUUUAUAACACCCUGAAGUUGCACAAGUAUAAAUACCCAGUCAUUCCACGAUUCGUUGACGAAAGCGACAUAAGGAAAGAAAGAAAGAGAGCCAGCUCGAUAGAACUGACCGAUGAUCAGCUGUGCAACACCGUAGCCAGAAUACUGGGCGCCACCUACAGAUUGGACCUGAAAUCAAGACUGUACCUACCCCAAACCGCUGAAAUGUUAGCCCAGUCCCAGAGUCCGAGAAUUUCCGAAUUGAUAUCCAUGUCGAUAAUGGAGGUGUUGGUCAUGAUCAGAGAGGGCGAGGACCCCUUCCAAGAGGUCUCCAUGGAUGUGAAUACGGCGGACAACGGAGAAUGCAGCAGUAUGAAAUCCUUUUCUGCCAGUCCCACCUUGAAUUUGAGCCCUUCCCCAAGUCCUGUUAGCAGUUGUCCGAUAUCCGUGCCCCCUGUCCAAGGUGGCUAUUGCGAUGAGAAUACCCGUACAGGCAGAGCUCUCAAUUUCAUCUUAGACUCUUACGCAAGAGUAGGAGUCGAGGAGAGAAACCAUCCCAGGAAGUCAAGUAUGCCACCACUGAACAGCGUUCUGUCCGAACUCAGGGCUCAAUUGGUACAAUACGCCAGUUUGGUUUUACAGGGAAUUGUUAUACCGAUAGAAGCAAAAACAAUCAAUGGUCCAAAAUCGCCUCUGUUCAAAUCGCUCACGGAUCAAACGAUGCCGCGUGGCUUUUUAUCUGAACUUGUUGCCAGCGUUCAUGUAAACGAUAAUGUUAUGUCUACUAUUUUCGGACCUAUAAUGCAAGGUUUAUUUGCGUCAAUGCAAGAGGCCAGUGUGGUCGACGAUAAACUCAGGGGACCCAUACAAACUCUGCUCGAACUAGCAGAGCUCCGAUAUAACAACAGGCCUUUUUGUACUUUCAUAACGAAGCAGCCACAGUUCAUGCCAGAAAUUUGUACUCCGGUGCCGGGCAGGGAAAUAAGCUGUACAUCUUUCCUGGCACCUUUCCUAUCGGUGUCUGUUUUCGACGAAGAUGAGCCACUCAUAGCAGAAAAAUUCUUCUCCGGCAACUCACAGACAGAUAAAUCGGUCAAUCAGACACUUCAGUUGGAAUUAGAGACCACCAGAAUGAGUGUCUACAGGAUCUUCCAUUGCUUGUUGGCAAAUAUGGAAAGCAGGGAUCCAACCCUUAAUUAUAUCGCAUUCGUCCUGAAGUGCAACGAAAAGAGAUCUCAGAUUCAGGCCAACGAAGGGGCGUUGGCCGGAGAUGGCUUCAUGCUGAACCUCCAAACCGUCCUACAGAUGCUGUCGAUGAAGAUCAAGUUGGAUAAGAUCGAUCCCCAGUAUCCCUUCCAUCCGGAAACUAUGGUCAACAUAAAGAACGAGACCAGGAUAAAGUACACGUCUCAGGAGGUGGAAAAUUGGUUAGAUAGCUCAAAAGAUACCGUCAAGUUCCUGUCACCAAACUUCUCGACAAUCUGUUGGUUCCUCACACUCCACUGCCACCAUUUGUCCCUACUGCCGGCUCUUCAGAAGUACCAGAGGUUGUUGAAGUCGAUCAGAGAGCUGCAGAAGCUGCUCGACGAGAAGGUGUCCACCGAAGCGCAGUGGAAGAACACGCCUCAAGCCCACCACAACAAGAUCGUGAUAAAGAGGUGGAAAGUAGAAUUGAAAAAGAUGAGCAACUCGAAGUUGUGCGCAGAGGCCGGCUUGCUAGAUAAGAAUCUGAUGAAGAGGACCCUGAUUUUCUACACGUCCGUGGCGGAGUAUCUGCUGAUGCUGAUGAACAAGGACGAUGCAGAAAGCCAGGCCACGUUUUCAGCGUUGCCCGAGUGGUACAUCGAAGAUAUAGCCGAGUUUCUUCUGUUCAUUUUGCAGUCCAUGCCGUCUGUUGUAGCGGACAACAUGGAGAAUUCCAUGAUCACCUGGCUCCUCGUGUGCAUCUGCAAGUCUUCCAUGAUCAAGAACCCCUACCUCGUGGCCAAGAUAGUCGAGGUGGUCUUCGUGCUGAGCCCCUCGAUCCACCCGCGUUGCGAGAACCUGCACUCUCGCCUGAUGCACCAUCCGCUGUCUCAGGAAUCGCUGCCGAGCGCGCUGAUGAAAUUCUACACAGAUGUCGAAACGACUGGAUCGAGCUCGGAGUUUUAUGAUAAGUUCUCGAUCAGGUAUCACAUAAGCUUGAUCAUCAAAGGAAUGUGGGAUUCCCCUGUCCAUCGACAAGCCCUAGUGAACGAAUCUAGAAACGGCAAGCAGUUCGUACGUUUCGUAAACAUGCUGAUGAACGACACAACCUUCCUACUUGACGAAUCGUUGGAAAGUUUGAAGAGGGUGCAUAAGAUACAGGAACUGAUGAGCGACGAAGCGAGGUGGUCUAAGUUGUCGCCGGAACAGCAACAGAGCAGAACGAGGCAAUUGGCAGCUGACGAAAGGCAGUGCAGAUCGUACCUCACUUUGGGGAGGGAAACUGUCGACAUGUUCCACUACCUCACCAUCGACAUCAAAGAGCCAUUCCUACGUCCUGAACUAGUUGACAGAUUAGCUUCGAUGCUCAAUUUCAAUCUUCAGCAGUUGUGUGGACCGAAAUGCAAAAAUUUGAAGGUCAAAAAUCCCGAUAAGUACGGAUGGGAGCCGAGAAGGCUGUUAAGUCAGUUAGUUGACAUUUACCUCCAUCUAGACUGUGAUAAAUUCGCUUCAGCCCUAGCGGGCGACGAGAGAUCGUUCAGAAAGGAACUGUUUGAUGACGCUCUGGUACGGCUACAAAGGAUAGGAAUCAAGUCGACCAGCGAACUGGAGCAGUUCCAGGCUUUGGCCGUGAAGGCCAACAAGGUCUGGAUAAACAAUCAGAAGACCGACGAUUGGAUGGCUGACGCGCCAGACGAAUUCAAGGACCCUCUGAUGGACACCCUGAUGACUGAUCCUGUCCGUUUGCCCAGCGGACAAGUUAUGGACCGGGCGGUCAUCAUGAGGCAUUUGUUGAACAGCAGUACGGAUCCGUUCAAUAGGCAACCUCUUACGGAGGAUAUGCUGGUUCCUGCAUUGGACUUGAAGGAGAGAAUCGUAAAUUGGCGUUCCAAGAAAGCCAGAUCGUCAUCAAAUUAAAUAAUUCUUUAAGUUAUAUUUGAAUUGUAAUUAUUUUUAUAUGCGAAUAAAUCCUGUAUGUAGAUAUAUAAUUUAAGCCUGAAUAUUUUCAAUUCAGAUAUUUCAUUGUUAAUUUGGAAAGGUAAAUAUCAAUUCAUUCUUUACAGCAAAGGCUGAUUUUGAUAUUAAGGAUCUCUUUAUAAUUUAAGUUGUGCUGCUACAGAAACUUAGAGAGAAGGAAAACUGCCAUAGUGUUGUAACAUACAUAGACGAUUAUUGCUUUUCGCAUACUUAUUUCUAUUCUGAAUUGCCAACACUCUGUUUGUAUAUAAAGAUUGACUAGAUGUAUAUUUAGGGAGAUUGAUUAUAUUCUUAGAAUUAAGAUAGCAAAUCGCAAAUUUGCCUUUUUCUGUUUAAUUUCAAUCCAAUUUUACUUUUCAAUUCAGGAAAAGACGAGUUUGCGUCUGAAUGAGGAAACUUUUAUAUGAAACUAAAUUGUAUUUGUGGUCUAAUAGAAUUUUUACUUGAUACAAUA